AGUCUUAUGUUAGUAAACGCGAUGUCACGUGAGAGAAAAGUGAGGUUAUUCGGCUCGAAAGAUUCGGAUGCUGCGACCAGUGUUCGUAUUUCCGCGUAAUAAGGAGUUGAUAAAAUUUAGUUUGAGAUGCAGACUACUAACGAGGAGAGAUACGAAGCUGCGGAACUUCAUUCGAAUGACAGCGAUAGAGUCGAAACCGUGCGAACAGAAUUGAGGGAGGCCGCGUUGACGAAAAGAAAGGAGGAUCGUGUGUCCACCUGGAACAAAAAUCGCACCAACUUGGGAGAGUUUCCAGGGAUUGAACUGUUUUCCGUUGAGUACGUUGACGAGAAGGUGAGGCUUCUCAAAAGGAAAAAAUUACUCUUUGUGGAGUACAGAUAUUUGCCCAAUGCUCUUAUUCAGUCAGAAGAAAACAUAAAUGCCUUUUUAAAAGUGGACCAAAGUUUAUCGGGUCUGGUGCGUGACUUGUCAGGCAACGAUCCAACUCUUCAAUUAUAUGCAGCCAACUGCUGUUGUAACAUUGCCUUGGGAAACAUGAAAGCAUGCACAGCAUUGGGAAAAGCAAUUAUUCCUUAUCUAGUUAUCAAGUUAAAAUGUUUAAAUUAUGCAUUACUGGAUGUUUGCAUUUGGACAAUUGGUAAUUUAGUUGCAGGAAGCGAUAAGGUUUUCUCUAUCUUGCACUCGCAACAUUGUUUGAAAUAUAUAAUUUUACUGUUAGAAAAUUGUGACGACUUGAUUCUUCCUUCCAUAAUAUAUGCACUAUUACAUUACGUACGUGCAGGAUUUCAUAAGCUAUCAGAAAAUGAAAUGUUGGAGCUUGUCCAAGCUAUCAUAAAACGGAAUCUUUUAUAUGAAAAUCUGAAUUAUAUUUGGUUAUUAGCUUUGUUGUCUUCCUCAUCGAUAUGCACUGAACAUUUGCAUGCUAUUCUGCCAAAAGUUGUUGAUUAUCUUUACUUAAUAUUUUCCAAUUCGGAUGGAAUGACUCAAGUUAGCGAGAUUACAGCAUCUAUACGUAUACUAGCCAAUACGUUGCAUAAUUCUUGCGAAGAUGGGGUAGACAUUCUUUUGAGCAAUCCAAAAUACACAAACGAGGAUCUGCAUGUUUUAUUGAAUAAAUUAUUAGCGCAUCCUUAUAUGCACAUUAGAAGAGAAACUCUAUGGUUAAUAGGAAAUUUGUAUAAUCAUAGAUCACCCAGUGUCGCUAAAAAUAUAAAAGAUCUUAUAUCUUUUCUAUCAGCACUGAAUCAAGCUUUUUCCGCUGUUGAAAACUCCGUAUGAAUGCAAAUGCAUGUUGAAACUUAAGUCAACAUUUUUUUAAAAGAAAAGUACAAAUUUUCUUAAUGGAUCCGAGGAAGAAUAUCGAUUUUUUCCUAUAUCUUCUAUACACGGCACCUUGACGAUAUUGAAAUAUAUUUGUCCCAUCAAAUUCGCUGUUGGAUGAUUAGCAGUUUUUAAACAUUGGUAAAGCAGUUGAUCACAAGUACAAUGUGACCUGUAAGAAGGUGAAACAUAUGAGACUGAAUGCCUUACGAAGACAGUUUUUAAAUAGUUAACAGGUAAAGAUAAUUUUUAAUUUUGUUAAUCAUGAUAAAGAAAUUUAGUAAUUUAUGUGCUGUACUAGUUUAAAGACGUACUAAAAUUUUUUAUCAAAAUAAAUUGAUUGACUAUUUUUAUCAA